GGUCCUGGCGUUCAUUUCAUUCCUGUCCUCAUUCCGCACAUUCUUCGCAUCGCUUGCGCCGCGCCGCGCCGCCCGAGCCGAGCCGAGCCUCCGCGGCCCCGCCGCCCGCCGCGGGCGCCCCCCAGCACUUCGCACACUCGCUUCCAGCUCGCGGGGAGUCCGCGCGCCGGGGCCCGGGCCCGGGGCGGCCGCGGCGGGGCGCAGGCCAUGCGCUGACCCCCCAGCGCGCAGCGUCGCCGGAGCGCGGGCAGCUGCCCCGGCGCGCCCUGCCCGUCCCGGGAGCCGGCGAGGCCGGGUUGGGGCUGCCCGGCGCGGGAGUACCGCGGGGAGUACCGGCUGGAGUAGCGCGGGGGCGGCGGCCCAGCGCCCCGAAGUUUGCCGCGCCCGCUCGGGCGGCCGUGGUUUGUUUUCUUGAAAAGGCUCCAGGCUUCGGCUUGGAAAAUCCAACCGCCAAAAUUGAGCCCAGCAGCUGGAGCGGCAGCGAGAGCCCUGCCGAAAACAUGGAAAGGAUGAGCGACUCGGCAGAUAAGCCGAUUGACAACGACGCGGAGGGCGUCUGGAGUCCUGAUAUUGAGCAGAGUUUCCAGGAGGCCCUGGCUAUCUAUCCACCGUGUGGGAGGAGGAAGAUCAUCUUAUCAGACGAAGGCAAAAUGUAUGGUAGAAAUGAAUUGAUAGCCAGAUACAUCAAGCUCAGGACGGGGAAGACAAGGACCAGGAAGCAGGUGUCUAGUCAUAUACAGGUCUUAGCAAGAAAGAAAGUUCGAGAAAUUCAAGCCGCCAUUAAGGUGUCUAGUCACAUUCAGGUUCUUGCCAGAAGGAAAUCUCGUGAUUUUCAUUCCAAGCUGAAGGUAACAAGCAUGGAUCAGACUGCCAAGGACAAGGCCCUGCAGCACAUGGCUGCCAUGUCAUCAGCCCAGAUCGUCUCGGCUACUGCCAUCCACAACAAGCUGGGGCUGCCUGGGAUUCCGCGCCCCACCUUCCCAGGGGGUCCGGGGUUCUGGCCUGGGAUGAUACAGACAGGACAGCCAGGAUCCUCACAAGACGUCAAGCCCUUUGUGCAGCAGGCCUACCCCAUCCAGCCAGCAGUCACAGCCCCCAUUCCAGGGUUUGAGCCUGCGUCAGCCCCAGCCCCCUCAGUUCCUGCCUGGCAGGGCCGAUCCAUUGGCACAACCAAGCUUCGCCUGGUGGAAUUCUCCGCUUUCCUUGAACAGCAGAGAGACCCAGACUCGUACAACAAACACCUCUUCGUGCACAUCGGGCAUGCCAACCAUUCUUACAGUGACCCGUUGCUCGAAUCUGUGGACAUUCGUCAGAUAUAUGACAAAUUUCCUGAAAAGAAAGGUGGCUUGAAGGAGCUGUUUGGAAAGGGCCCUCAAAACGCCUUCUUCCUCGUCAAAUUCUGGGCGGACUUAAACUGCAAUAUCCAAGACGAUGCCGGGGCCUUUUAUGGUGUGAGCAGUCAGUAUGAGAGUUCUGAAAACAUGACGGUUACCUGUUCCACCAAAGUGUGUUCCUUUGGGAAACAAGUAGUAGAAAAAGUAGAGACGGAGUAUGCGAGGUUCGAGAAUGGUCGAUUCGUGUACCGAAUAAACCGCUCACCGAUGUGUGAAUAUAUGAUCAACUUCAUCCACAAGCUCAAACACCUACCAGAGAAAUAUAUGAUGAACAGUGUUUUGGAAAACUUCACCAUAUUAUUGGUGGUAACAAACAGGGAUACACAAGAAACUCUGCUCUGCAUGGCCUGUGUAUUUGAAGUCUCGAAUAGUGAACACGGAGCACAGCACCAUAUCUACAGGCUCGUGAAGGACUGAACCUGGUUAUUUAUAUAGAGAGAUAUCUGUAUAUACACACACAUAUGUGCACACACACACUCUCCAUUAUCGAACGACUGACUGUAAACCUCACCGCACAGGGUGCUACCCUGGCCCCCCGGGCCCCACCCUGACCUUUCUAACCCUGUUCGAGUGAACUUUUUUUUUUCCCCAUGUGUUCAUGCUAUCAUUGUAGCUGUGAAGUUGUGAUGCAGUUUUUUGUGUAUUCCUCAGAUCUGCAACCCACAAUUCCUUGGGGAAGGUGAAUCUUACCAGCCUAAGCUAAGCCUCUCUGCAGACCUGUUUCCGGUUGUGGUAGAAAAUACUGAGUCAGAGGAUUGGCCACGGGGCAUUGACUGCCUUUAUACAAGUGUAUUUAGUUCUUUUUGUGUUUUUCCAACAUAAAAUUCUUGUUUUAAGAUACAAGUAAAAUUAAUCUUUAAAUAUAAAUGUAAAUUAGUACAGGAAAACUAAGAUUCUUUAGACUUAUCUUUGUAACUAAUUAGGAUGGAAAGUUAUGGAAGAAUGUAAUUCACUAAAUUAUUUUUUAAAUGAAAUCUUUCUUUCUUUUUAAAACCAAAUGUUAAACUAUAGCCUUAAGACAUACUUGGUUGAACUAUCCUAAUGAGAUAAAUUUGUACCUUCUCCCAGCCCCCAAGGUUAAAACUAAUAUCCUAAUUCAUUAAACUCUUGAAACAGGUGUUACAAAGGAGGAAAACAUCACCCCUUACCCUUAACAUAUAUAGUAUAUUUAAAAAUGUAAAAUUGUAUUGUACUAAUGUGAUAAUUCAUUAUUUAAUGAAGAAGAAAAGAUGGCUCUUUUUGCAAUAAGUAGGUAAUACUGAAACAAGUCUAAGCUUACAAUGUUAUAGUCUUGUGUGUGCAGUUACAUUUUAUAUGGUCAACCAAAUUUUUUACAGAGAUGAGUUCACAUUUGAACCACUGAAAUUUAAUAGCAAAUUUAAAAAUUGGCAUGAGUACUGCACUGCAAGUUGCAAAGGAUACAGAAUCCUGUGGCUGGAAGAAACUUGUCAUCAACCGAGCAAGCAGAAGGCUCAUCAGGCUUGGUGUCUCUGCUCCCCAGAAUGUCACUGUCACAAGCUUCCUGACCAGCCUGUGGAUAGAUUGUUGCUGGUAACCCAGUGCGCAUAGGAAGUGUCUGUGGCUCUAGCUCUGUGUUCAUGCACAUGUGGAUAGUCAGCUCUUUGAGCUCCUGUUUCUUGUCAGUUUGCUAGUUGCUCAUUGCCUCUCUGCAUUAUAGACAUGGAUAUAUUUUCUCUAAGGGCAUCUUUCCAUAAGCCUCAGUGGCACUUUAUACAUAUAUUCAUUCAUAUUCAUAUUCUCUCUCUCUCUCUCUCUCUCUCUCUCUCAUCUUUUCAAGCAGAUUCCCUUAUUCUCUUACCAAGAGAAUAUUCCAAAGCAUUGCCCAGCAGAGUUGGUCUGACGUGGCCAGCCUCAGGUUACUUCUCUAAGUGCUUUUUCACUGGGGAAGCAAGAAAGGUUACCCGUCUACUUCCCAGGGAAGGUAAGAGGAAAGUAAUAGUUUCUUUACACACACUCACAUGUGUGAGCACAUACAAACGUGCACAACUGUUAGGAAUAUGUAUACUUAAUAGAAAUGGUACAAACUUUUUACAUUAAAAAAGCAAAAAGCAUGGCUUGUUUUUUGCACUAAGGCUAUAAAGUAAAAUUCUACAUCUGCUGUAUCCAGGAGACACACGCACCUUUGCCCCAGCGUCAGCUUUGACUGCUUAUAUUGUAUUCGGCAUCUUUGGUCCUCAGUGGGUGGGCGUGGCUGGCAUGUAGUUAAAAGAACCACAUUGGAUUGACUCUGUCUUCUCCCUCAUCCCUGGGAAGACCAGAAAAAAAUGUGCAAGAUUUUUCCAUUUACAAUGUGCCUCCCUUGGGGCACUGGUUCUCCUCAGGAGAACGGCCUAGGUUCCCUAUUUCUAAACCAGCCCUCAAAGGAAUGGCUACUCUGAGUUUCUCCCCUUUAUCUGUCUGAGACCAGGUGUUUAAAGAUGUCUCCUGGAAGUGACAUUAAUUAAUCUUUUAGGCAACCCUCUUAGGGAGGGUUCUUUAGUUUUCAUUUCUUAUGUCCUUAUUCAGGAGGAAGCCCCUGUGUCUUGAGACCAGGAAGAUAUGAAUGAAUGGGUACAAAUAAUCUGUGGCUAUUUAUCAUCUCAGAAUGUGAUGAGGGAGAGGUCUGUCACUCAGGAGUAGAGCUGUUCCUCCGCACCACGAAAGCUCUGGGGAUUUACCUCCCAAGUACCAGCUAGAAGAUAGUGGUUGGCAGUGGGGAGGGUAAGAUGUCACAGAGUCAGGGUGGUGUGUCUGCUGCCCCACAGUUCUCUUCCUAAUGCCUUUCUGGGCAGUAGGAGGUGUGUGUGUGUGUGUGUGUGUGUGUGGAUGACCUGACUUACUUUUUGCUCUUAAAACAGCUGUAAAACUCUUUAAUGUAUACUAACCUCCACCCACACUCUCCCCCCACCUUCUUAUUUUACACCACACCCAUAUCUCCAUCCCUCCCAAAUUCUCAUUCUUUUUUGCCUUUAAAAAGAAAAUAACCUUAGUUACAGUUAUAUUGCUAUGAUGUUAACACUGCCCAAAAGCAAGUUGGAGAAUAAAGUGGGCUUAUAUUUCCACAUCCUAGUCCAUCACUGAAGGCAGUCGGGGCAGGAACCUGAGCCUACAAGUUGAUACAGAGACCAUGAAGGAGUGCUGCUUACUGGCUUGCUCCUCAUGCCUUGCUCAGCCUGCUUUCUUAUAGAAUCCAGGACCACCGGCCUAUGGAUGGCACUGUGCACAAUGGGCUUUCCAUGCCCCCAUCACUGAUUAAGAAAAUGCCUUACAGGCUUGCCUACAGCCAUUUCUUAUGGAGAUAUUUUCUCAAUCGAGGUUCC